UCUUGCUUUGUUGGUGACAUGCACCAUGCGAGUACGUGAGUAAGGAGGUGUUUUGCGCGUUUGUUAUGUGUUUGUCGUUUUUAGAGACGGCGAUGGAGGACCAGAGAAAGAAGAACGUGACAAAGACAGAGGAGCGAACCUCGAAGGUCAGGAGGGCGAAUAUCGUUCCAUGCUUGACGUGUCCUUUGUGUAAUAAAUUCUUCAGAGACGCCACCACUAUAUCAGAAUGCUUGCACACCUUUUGCAAGGAAUGCAUAUGGAAGAAGUUCAGAGAUGAGCGUCAGACGCAUUGUCCAGUAUGCGAUAAAGACCUGGGUUGUUAUCCGCUGGACAGACUAAGGGCAGACCACACUCUUCAAGACUUAAGGGAUAAAAUUUUCCCUCAUGAGGAAAAAGGUGUGAGGGAGAAAAUUUUCCCUCGUGAGGGAAAAAGUGCCAAGGCACCUGAAAGUGUGCCUUUGCCUUCCUUUCUAUUGCCAUCCAAUUCCAAGAAAAAGGAGAGGUCUGUCUCUUCAUUAGGUUCCAGUUCAACUCAGCUAUCAAGCCAUUCUUGUCUAGUUGAAAGAAGGGCAAAAACCGCUGCGAAAAAAUUUUUGGCUGAACAAGAAUCUGCUCUCAAUGCCUUUGAGUUAGAGAAAAAAUCAGCUGGUAAGAAACAAGGAAGACUCAAUGAGGUAGAAAUUUUGGAAGGCUCUCCCAAAAAUUUAUCAAGAGCAAAGUCUUCAGCAAGGAAAAAACCCAUUUCAAGAGAAUACAUUCCCUCUACUAGUCAACCUCAGCCACAGCAAGUCGCAGAAGAUAGCAAGACAGACCAGCAGCACUGUCAGCUUGAAAGUGAAAAUGUGACGAGUGAAAUUGAGAAUCCCAAGGCUUCCUUAGAUUUGAACCAGCAAGAAGUGCCCAAUGAAACUUCUGAGAAAAAUGCUGCGUCAUGGAAAGGAAAAGAUCUUUUGUGGGAGCCCUUACACUUCCUGAUGGAAGCUGCACAAAAGGCAAAGUCUAUGGGGGCCAACAAUGUGCAAGAAAAUGCUACUAUUGCAGUGCCUGUUGAAUCUUGCAACAAUGACUCCAAUCCUACCAAAAUUAUGGCAGCUAGUGAUCAAAAUGAGGCAACUCCAGUUCAAUCAGAUCCCAUCAAAACUAAGGGAUUGAGGAUCAAACAACAAAGAAGAGUCAAAUUUUCUCAGGACUUAAAUUUUCCUGCAGAACCUGUACCUGCUGUUUCAAGCAACCCAGUACCUGCUGUUUCAAGAAGCCCUGUACCUGCUGUUUCAAGCAGCCCAGUACCUGCUGUUUCAAGCAGCCAAAGCAACGAAAGAAUCACUCCGAUAUGGUUUUCUUUAGUUGCUUCUGAAGAGAAGGAUGUACGUGCAAGAUUGCCACAGAUGCCUUCUUGCUACCUGAGGGUUAAGGAUGUCAAUUUACCUGUAUCAUUCAUCAAGAAGUAUAUAAUGAAGAAGCUUGAUCUUGCAAGCGAAGCUGAGGUGGAAAUCUCAUUAAAAGGGAAGCCAUUGUCAUCUUCUCUGCAACUGAAGCAAGUAGCAGAGAUGUGGCUAGAGACAGUUCCAAAGUCUGAGACGAUUCAUUCGUUUGUUGGGGACUCAGCAAGAGAGUUUGUGAUGGUUCUUUCCUAUGGUCGAAAGAUUUAGGUCCCUCUCAUAGUAGUAAUAUUUCUGAAGAAGAUUGAUAAUUAUGGUGUUUCAAUUCAGUGGCAUACUUGUGCAUGAUUGAGGAUGCUUUGUGGGGUGUCCUGUGUUCAAGAUUGUUGUUAUAUUUGUGGCUGGAAGAGAGGGGGGCUGAAGCGCUUUAUUUAGUCCCUAAAGAUAAUUUAAUUCAUUUCCAUAGAAAAUUUUUAGCUUCCAAUUUCACAGGAUUGUA